GCCGAGGUAAACAACAACCACCUCCACCAUCACUACCCAAACCUCAAUCAUCAUUGUUGUCGACCAACUCACUUCUUUGUUGUCAUUGUCACUAUCAGCACGGCCUUACUGCUUUUUCCCUCCCUCUCCUCCUCCACUUCUUCCCCGCUCUGCUCUUCCCCGGGUUUCUAUCCUGCUUGUCCUAUUCUCUCCAGAUCCCUGACAACGGAAGAAGAUAAGAUCGACUGAGCCUGCAUCUGUCUAAUCGCGUGCCAAAAGAGGAAGUGAGCAGGUGUUGCAAGUGGGUAGAGGCGCAAGUGGAUGGAUGCAGUAAAGCAGUGGGGGUAGUUAGGAUGACAGAUCGCGCCCUUGGAGACUGCACCGUCCAGAUCCCGACCGACAACCGCAUAGCCGUAGCCGUGAUGGGAGCCGAUGCGAUUGAGACCGAUCGCCAGCUUGAACGAUCCCUUCAGUCCCUGUGCGCCGACCACCACGUGGCCUAUCGCAUAUCUCCUCGUCGCAAGCAUGCGCGUACCAUCAGCGACUCGACCGCCGACGAUGAAUCCGAGUUCUCGUCCGACAGUUCCGGCCGAUUCGACGACGCCGAGGAAGCAGAUUAUCCUCUGCGAGCGCAGAGCCGUUCCCCGUCCGUCCACUCAGCGAAGCGACGUCGGUCCAACGAGUGGCCGCUGCAACUGACGGACGGUGAGGAAGCUGCUGCUCCCAUACCACAGGAUGAUGUCCACGGAGCUGCGAGUGCUAGCAAUAAGACGGGAGGUCAUCGCAAGCCGUUUCAGACUGCCGAAGGCAAGCUCUCAAGCUCUCCGCGGAGCUCGAUGGGGUCCAGUCGGUUCGGCCGCCAGAAUGGCUUGUCUAGUCGGGGCCGACGGUCGCGCUUUGUCGAGGGAACGAUGAGCGACAGCGUGAGCGAGAAACCACCAAGUAUUUUCCUGCGCGAUGAUGCACGCCACAAUGGGAGUGGCCCGGCACCGCAACGAGGAUCGGGUAUUUUUCGAUUUGGGAAGGCGAUCGCGUCCGCGUUCAAUCCCUUUGGCGUGUGGGGGUGGAAGGGCAAUGCGGAGGCCACCAAGCAGCCGGAAGAUCCGCUUGCUCAGGCGGAGAAAGCCUACGCGGAGCUCAAGCGCUCCGGGUACAAGGGAACGAAUAAGGGCAGCUACAUACGGAGCUUGGAUGGCGAAUCGGGGGUUCCCGCAAAAUCCUGGAAUCCCAUUCCAGAGCCAGCAACUUACCCGCCCGUGGUGCACCAUUCGAGGCAGAACUCGUGUGAAGGACAUGAGUCCGGAGGCUCCAUUCGGUCCUCGUUUCAGGAGCUGCGCAAAGCCAAGUCAUCCUUGGGGAUUCCUCAUAUCAGACGUUUGGACUCCAACAAGUUGCCCUCCGAAGAACAACCGGAGGGUGCGGAAGUGCGACGACAGAAGUCUCGCAAAGAGCUCCAGCGACAGGCCAAGCUGAUGAAGCGCGUCAGUGACCUGGAGCUCAAGCUACAAAGAGCUCGUCGGGAACUGCGCGACUUGGUGGGCGAGGAAGAGAAGGAGGUGCUGGCACCGACUCCCUUUCCUGACAAACCAUACUCCCGCAAGUUCGUCCCUGGAGCACUUCCCUCGUUGCCGUCCGAGCGGUUGCUGCACGAUAAUAGCCGGCCGACAUCCCCGAUCUCCCCUCGAGCCGUAUCGACACCUUUGAUCUCCCUGGCGGAGAAUGUCCACCAAAACGAGCCUGCGGAAGCGCAGUACAGAACCACGCCAAACAAGCAAAUAGCCGGAGCACAGCAGCAACAAUCUGGUAUGACGCCGCGCACACCCAAAGAGUCCCAGCCCCAGGGCCCCCAGCCCCAAUCGUCUUUGACCGCAGACAGUCCCUCGCUCAAACGCAAAUCGCCAAACCCUGCAUCAGUGAAAAAGUCCCAGUCUGAAUCGAAGCAACCCAUGGACGACCGCCACCAUUAUCACGCAGCAAGCAGUACACCCACUCCCCGCAAGCCCAAACUCCCCAAAAUGGGCCCCGGUGAUAGCCCCGGAUCCGUUGAGCGGAAGCAGUCCGGCACCGGUCGUUCACCCAAUACCACCAGUGAAGAGCGUGGUCGCCGGCGCUCCACGCCUCUCCAAUCAUCGCCCAACAACCCCCGAUCCCCUUCAGUAGCGGCAGCGCGCAGACGAGCCUCGAAUUCCAGGAACCGCGCUCCGCCGUCUCAGCCAAGCCUGCGUAUGAAGAAAGGCCGCCCGGAUCUGCGGUCGGUUAGUGCAGGCGAGAGCCUACUGCUACUGAGCCCGGAAGAGGCGGAGGGCCCCAACAAGGAGAAUCAACAGGCGCAACUGCAGCAGUAUAGCAGUAGCACCGCGCUAGUGAAGUCGGAUCUCUCCGAGGAACUGGUCAUGGCCACAGCUCUGACGACCGGGGAAGGGAUGGCAAGCCCCAGUCCCAGUCCGUCUCCGAGUAAGAAGAAGUCCACGCGGUACGAUUACAUCCCGCCCGUGCCACCGCUGCCGAAGAAUCUGUCCGCGACGGCCGCGAAGGUCGAUCGACGCCUUGCGAAGGAGAUGGGCAAAAAACGGGAGGCGAGGGACCGGGAGAAAGCACAGGCGCGGCCGGCGCAGUCGCCGUUGGGACAGCGGCCCGAGGCUGUAGGGCCGGGCAAGCGGUCAGGCUCCGGUGGAGCACACAGCUUUCAGUGGCCGGAGGAUUUCUUUUGA